AUGAAUCCGUACUUGAGUUGGGCGAUUCUGCUCCUUGCUGCGGGCGGACUCGGCUACUACUACAAGAAUGGCUCGACAACCAAGUCAAGAGCUGCCUUCCUGAAGCCGAGUGAGAGGCAAAACACUGCCUCGCCAGGGAGCAAAAAGGGAAAACAGCAGCGCAACAAGCCACGCAAGAAUCCGCAGCAGGAAAUCAACAGCAACUCUAGCGAGGGUAGCAACAGUGCCGCUGCACCGGUAGCCGUACCUAAAGCCGAGAAGGAGCACAAGGUCGUCGAUGCCGAAGAGCCGGUUUCCACCAGCAAUGGGGGAAUGGACGACAACUACGAAUUCGCCAAACAGUUCUCCAAGGCGAUGAGCGGCACUCCUCUAGCUGCCAAAUCUAAGACUGGCACCAGUACAAGAACAAAGAAGCAGCCCAAGCAGCAGCAGCAAGAACAACUACAACCUCUCCCAAACGCCAAUGGAGAUAUGCACGCCAACCAUGUCUCUACUGCUACCUCCUCUACCGCCGGCGCAGAUGCGGACGACGACAUGUCUCCCAUCAACUCACCCCGCAUCAAACCUGCUGGCGAUGUCAGCGACAUGCUCGAGGAGCCUGCUCCCGCUGCAUCCGUCCUCCGCCUUACGGGAGACGUCGAAGGCGCCCAGAACGGCAAGAAAAAGAAACAAAGCGCCUUCAAGUCGGUAGAGACGAAGAAGCAGCGCCAGGCCCGCCGUAAGCGCGAGGAGAAGAACGAGAUGGUCAAAGAGGCAGAGAAGGCCAGACGCGCAAUGGUCGAGAACCAGAUGCACACGGCCAGAGAAUACGAGAGACAGCAGGCCAAGUCAGCGGCACCCUCACCACCCACAAAUGCUUGGGCAACAUCGCCCUCCACGCUCGCACACACCACCGGCGGCGGCAGCAACGGUGCCAGCAACACCAAGCCGUCUGCCAUGCCACUGCUCGACACCUUUGAGCCCUCGCAACCAACCUCCAAGCAGACGGGCGAGAAAAAGCCAUGGACGAAAGACCUUCCGUCGGAAGAGGAGCAGAUGAGGAUGCUCAACACGCUGAGCAGCGAGAACGAGUGGACGACCGUCUCGAACCGUAAGAAGGAGAAGCGCGGCAAGGGUAACGCCGAGUCGAUGAGCGAAGCCAGCAGCUCGGAGGUACACGGCAACCCCGUUGAGGCCUCGUGGUAG